AUAAGGGACAUCUACAGGACUUCUUUGAUUUCUUACAGAUGCCAAAAUCUACUCUUGGACCACUAAAACAUAUAUUGGUACCUUAUGAUAAAUCGCCGUGUGAUAAAGAAAUGGAGCAAACAAUCGAAUUGCCCGUAAAGCUAUAAAAAGAAGAAUACUGGAGUUGACAGUCAAGCAAUUACAAUUCAAUGCACCACAAAAAGAAAUGUCAAGGAAAUUAAUUAACAGAUAAAUAUUCAUUACUUAUAAAAUGUUCAAAUAAUCAUUCACAUUAACAUAACUAUUAUAAUCAGCUGUAAACUUGUGUAUUGCUAAGUAAUAUAAUAUUUGUUUUGAAUUAUUUCAAAAAUUGAAGUUACUUCAUUUCUCUUUAAGAGAUUAUUUUUUAUUGAUAAUAAGACGAUAGAUUUUCAUGUUUUACUUCUGCGUUGAGCAAUAAAUGUAAAGAUUUUACUAUAAUGCGUUUAUUUAGUUGGUGUAUAAAGAAAAGUACCUACAUUAACUUUAAGGAAAACAAUAAUUUUGAAUACCAAGUUAGUUUUUUGUUGAGGUGUGCAUUUUUGAGCGGUUUUUUAAAUUAGAAUUUUCUAGAAUUGGUAUAUGAUUGUAAUUUGUAUAGUAAGAUUACUAUUUUUGUGAUAUAUAAGGACAUUUACUUAUUUUAUCAAUGUAGGUAUGUAUUAUUACAUUUCAAUUUUUAAAUAAAAACAUAGAAGAUAUUUUAAUACAAGGAUCCUGAUAAUAUGUUUCUCUUAGCUGAGUUAAUAAUUCCUAUAAUCAUACGUCACAUUUUCUUUGCAUUUAAAGCAUUUAAAAAUGUACAUUUACAGAGGCAAGAGCUGGCAUUUUAAUAUUUGUUUGGUUAGAUCUUACAAUAACCGUCCUUAUAAGUAUAAAAAUGUGGCACACUUCGCUCGAUAGGUUCCCCAACUAUCAUUUAAUAUUAUUUUACAAUUAAUAUCAAGCAAACUGUACUCAUUUUUAUAAACAUAUAACUUCUUAAAUUUAAAUCAUAACUCAGAUGAGUCAAAUCAAUAUAUACUUUACUUAACUUGUACUCUGCAGGAAAAUUGUCUAUAGAUCGUAUGGAACAAUUUGUAAAAAUUAAGUCUUAUAUUAUUGUGAACUGUAAUUGAAAACUUAAAAAUAAUUCACACCCCUGAAACAAUAGUGACAAAAAUCAAAAUAUCAAAAUGUUGGGAAAUCGACUUUUAAUGUUUCAUUAUGUCAUUUAAUCAUUACAAAUAGGAUUUUUAAUUAAUUUUUCUUUUUUCAAUCUUAUAGUAUUGUUAAUAUUGUAUAGUUUACUUUUAUAUGCUUAAAAUAAUAAUUUAAGUACCAUUUCAGAUUUGGUAUUUUUGAGAGGCCCUUUGAAUAAUUUGCUUCCUGGGCCCUUUAAAUCCCAGGUCGACAAUGAUGAUACUAUAUCUUCCAUCAACCAUGAAUAAUGUACUAGAUACAAAAAAAUUAAAAGUUCCUAAAUUUUACAAACAAUUUGGUGCAAAACAUUCUAUUCCUAUUGACUAUUGAUAUACACUUAUGUAGGAUUCUCAAAAUCAAUAUAGUUGAUUUUCUUAGUUUAAGACAUUUUAAGCUGUAUAUAAAACGUAUAAACUCAAACGAAAUAGAAAUUGUAUAAAUUUGACUACUUUUCAUUAAUAUUAUUUGUAUUGUAAUAUUGUUUUUAUUGUAAUCGAUAUUGCCACUUGAGCCCUGCUUAUAAUUCAUUAUAUAAGUUUGUUUUUAUUUUAUUUUUUACAUACUUAAGUACCUACUUUAUGGAUUAUAUUCACGAAUAUCUAGUGGUAUAAAAAUAUAUAUUGUAUAAUGUAAAGGUAAUAAAUAAAUGUACUAACAUUACCACACAGAAUAUUAAACUGGAUUAAGCAUUCUAUAUUCACAUACCAAAUACCGAUAUAAUUAAAUAUGAUUAUUGUAUGUGUAGUGGCAUAUUUUAUUAUUUAGCACCUUUUUCGGCCAAAACGUAAAAGAUUUAUAGUAGGUAUAGUAGGUACUGUAAGAAUUACAGGUCAUGAAUGAAAGAAAUUUUUCACUCAGAGAAAAAACAAAAAUACAAUAAUAGGUACAAUGUACAUACUAUUAAGUCUUCGAUAUGUAUCAUGCAUUAGUACAUUGUUAUACUAUCAUAAUUAAAUAUGACAUUGAAGGUUAACAAAUUGAUAAAUAAUUAAACUAUAUACAUAACAUUCUCAAAUUUUAAAUAAUGAUGGUAAUGAAUAAAAAUAUAAUUUUUCUAUGAGAUAUAAAGUACCUUUUAAGUCUUAAGGUGGUAUUCCACUAACACCAUGUUCCGAAUAGAUGGUGUUCGUGUUGAAUAUUGUGCAGAAUUUUACUAUGUUACCACAAAAUAUGAUAAUUCAACUAAACUAUACCUUUGAUGUUAGAUAAGAAAAAAAUUAUGUUAUUUUUAUUGAUAAUUUUUAAGCACUGUAAAUUUGAACUUACUGUUACUACUUAACUAACUAAACUACCAAAUUAAUAAGUAUUUACUAUUUAGUAUUUACACAUAAUAGUGUAAAUUCCUUUUAGUUUAAAAAUAGUAAUAUAUUUUUUAUCUAUUAAUAAUAGUCAAUAUUUAAAAAAGUAUGUCUAAACGGAAAUAUGAUUUGGAAAUGGAAAUGUAUCACAAGCAAUUGAAAUUGCAUAAAAGAAAAUAAUAAUAAUAACUGCUAUUUUAGAAGAAUUACAUCAUACAAGGUAGCAAUAAAUACAUUUUUUUUUAGUAGCAGAUAUUUAUUUCUGUGUUUUAAAUCAAAAAUCACUAUAUUUAUAUAGUAUAUAAACACAAUUUAUUUUUUAAUUCACUACUACCCACUUCACACUCAAUAAAGUCAAACAGGCUAUCCAAAAAUACACCUUGAAGAAGUCCCUGGGCUAUGACCUAAUUACUGCUGAAGUACUGAAGUAGUUAGAUGUCUCCACAAAAAAGCUAUAGUACUUGUAACAUAUAUAUUUAAUGGAUGCUUGUUACUUUUUUACUUUUCAAUCCUAUACUAGUUUAAUGAAGUAUUCAAAUACCCACAUAUUUUUCAAUUCUUCAUGACUCGUAUUUAUUCCAAAUACUUUAUGUAUUUUAUCCUAGUCUAUUAAUUAUUAUAGGUUUGGUUAUUUAAAGUAGUCACAUUAGUAUUGUGUCCUAAAUUAUUUUAUAUUUUGUUCUAUAGUAGAAAAACAAAUAGGUGGCAUGUACGUCCAAUAUUUAAGGAAAGAAAAACUCAUGGAUAUUACCACUGUCUAUUAGCAGAGUUUCAGCUUUUAAAUUCUGCUAUGUAUUUUAAUUUUCUUAGGAUGAGCUCAUUAUGUUUUGAACACUUGGUUUAUCUGAUUGGUCCAAGUGUACAGCGUGUACCAUCUCGGCCUGAUAUAUUAUCAGUUGGUGAACUUUUAACAUGUAUUCUUAGGUAAAUUACUCAUAUUGAAAAUGUAUUCUAAUGAAGGUACUUUUCAAGCAAAUUUUUUAAGUUAAAUCUGAUAGAAACAGGUACAGUAGAACCUCGAUUAUCCGUGACUCGAUUAUCCGUGUUUGCGAUUAACCGUGCUCACUCUUCCAAAAAUUUAAAAAUAAGUAUGGACUGUAGAUAUAUAUGUAGUUAUAAUCGAACAUUUUAUAUUACAUAAUACACGAUAUCGACAAUUAUAUUAAUGACAUUUUUGACGAUAAUAAUAUGAAGAUAAGCAAUAUUGUACAUCGAUUAUUAUAUUUAUCGAAUCACCUUCAGUUUGCUUUUGUCCUUCGCUAUAGCCGAACGUAACAUGUGGUAUAACGUAUUAAUCUAAUAAUGAGUGCUAAACGAAAACGUGUCGUUUUAAAAUUUCAUUAUUAUAAAAUUGUACCUAUGUAUUUCUAAUUAAAAUUAAAUAAAAAUUUCAUUAUUAUAAAAAGUCUCGAUUAACCGUGAUUUUCAUUUAUCCGUGUGACCCCCUCCCCUUCAUUACCCCGGAUAAUUGAGGUUCCACUGUACAUUGUUUUAUCUUGUAGAUAUUUGGCCUCUGGUGACAGUAUGAUGGAUAUAGGUUAUGCCUUUAGAAUAGCACAACCUACAGUUUCAAAACUUAUUAGACAAUGCUGUACAACUUUAUGGGAUGUCUUAUGCAAUAAAGUACUAAUGAAACCACAAACUGAAAAUUGGAUAUCGAUAGCCAAUGAAUUUAAUAUGAAGUGGAAUUUUCCAAAUUGUGUUGGGAGUAUUGAUAGCAAACAUGUUGUUCAUCAGGCAUUUGCAAACAGUGGAUAUACUAACUACAACUAUAAAGGGACCCAUAGUAUUAUUCUUUUAGCUGUUUGUGAUGCAUCAUAUUGCUUCACAUUAGUUGACAUAGGAGCUCCAGGAAGAUGUAGUGAUGGCGGUGUUUUUAGAAAUUGUAGUUGUGGUAAACAAAUAAUUAAUAAAACUAUUAAUUUUUCCAAUGCUAUUGAAAUUGAUGAUGAAAAUGGUCCCAUAUCAUAUUGUGUUGUUGCUAAUGAAGCAUUUCCUUUAUUAACAAAUGUUAUGAGACCAUAUCCAGGUAGAUCAAAAGGAAAUUUACCUGAAGAUCAAACCAUUUUUAACUAUAGACUUAGCCGUGCAAGGCGUUCAAUCGAAAAUGCUUUUGGUAUAUUGGCUAGCAAAUGGAGAGUAUUUCGAUCACUUAUAACAGGAAGUGAGAAAACUGUUAUAGUGCAGAAGCCAAAAAUGUUAGAGAGAAACUAAAAAACAUUUUAAUGGACCUGUUGCUAUUAAUUUUCAACAAAAUCGCAACUACUAGUAUAAUUAAUAUGAUUAGGAAUUGUUUAAAAGCAGUUAUUUUAUUAUGGAUCGGCAUCAUAGCUUUCCAUUCAUCGGUGACCUCUUACGAGAUUACUGGAAGGGACAUACGUGG